AUGAAAUUUGUUCAAUUUCUCUUAUUUUCGUCAUGUAUUUUCAUGAUUUUGAGAGCAGGUGAUUUCUUUUUUUUGGGCAAAUUUUUCUAGCUAAAUGAAAAAUAUUUAGAGACUUGUGUGGAUAAAUUCUGUCCCCCUGGAACAUUUUGCGACGAGCGUCCCGGUCCCUGCGUCAAACCACCAUGUCGCACAAUUCUCGCAUGCCUGCCCAACUCUGCAAACGGCUGCGCACGCCUCGAAUGCUCUUCCGGAAAGAUUUGCGUGGAGCGCAUUCGGCCAUGUAUCGGAAGAUCGUGCAAAGAGAUCGCAACUUGUGAAACUCCAGGAACUUGUGCAGCAUUGGUGUGUGCACCAUCUCAGAAAUGUGAGAUAGUUGGGGGCUCGCCAAAGUGCGUGAAACAUAUUCCACCAACUCGCGGGAUUAUUGGAAAAGCGAUUUUGGAUGAAAAACAAUUUGAGAAUGAUCAAUAA